AUGAAUGCCACGGAACCGAACCUUGAUCUCAACAGAUCCACGCCCAUAUACACAAUUGGUACUAACUUCAUUACUCAAUGGAAACUCCACAAGCUGAAGCAGAGAACCUGUAUAUCCAGCUACCCUGAUUGCCAGGACUUCAACAUCACCAAUUACACAGAUGUUUUCUUCUUCAACACCACCAUCGAGGAUGUCGUCAGUGACCAAGUGCAACCAGUGCUACCACCGUUUCCGCUGUGGCUGGCGGCAAUCAUAGCGACGUGUCUCGUCCUCGUCAUCUUGCUUACGGUCAGCGGCAAUGUCCUGGUGUUACUGGCCUUCUUGGUCGAUAGAACCAUUCGUCAACCCAGCAAUUACUUCAUCGCUUCUCUGGCUGCUACGGAUCUCUUGAUAGGUACAUUGUCUAUGCCCUUCUACACCGACUACGUACUGAAAGGUUACUGGCAUUUAGGACCAUUGUUAUGUGACCUUUGGUUGUCCGUCGACUACACUGUAUGCCUUGUAUCACAAUACACGGUCCUAUUAAUAACGGUCGAUAGGUUCUGCAGCGUGAAAAUAGCUGCAAGAUAUCGAGCGUGGAGAACAAAGAACCGGGUUAUAUGGAUGGUCACCGUCACUUGGAUAAUACCAGCGCUGCUAUUCUUCACCACCAUAUUUGGGUGGGAGCACUUCGUCGGUUACAGGGACUUGCAAGAGGGAGAAUGCGCGGUGCAGUUCUUAAAGGACCCAGUAUUCAACACAGCUUUAAUUAUUGCGUAUUAUUGGACGACACUCAUCGUUUUAAUCGUUUUGUAUGCGGGUAUAUUUAAAACCGCUUAUGACAUGCAGAAGAAGAGCGAAGCGAAACAGAGGAAAAUGCAAUCUAUGGUGGCUUUGAGUGCGGGAGUCAUGACAGGUAUGGCAGGACGUGCCGCCGGCAUGGCGACGAUUUCAAAAGCUACUGUAUCUAGUGAAGACCAGAUUAAAGUGUCUGAAUCAAUCCGCAAGGAAUCCACGUCAAAAGGAUCUUUGGCUGCACCUUUGACGAAUUUAGGCGGCUCUUCCGAUUCUAACUCUAGUCAAAAAUCAUCAGCUCAUAAAAGUAGCGCGACGGCGACGGGUACCUCAACCACUGUUGAGUCAGACGGAGACAAGAAAGAGGAACAAGUAGAAGCAGAAAGAUCUAGCAGCCCAGCAUUUGAUUCAGACGAUGAAAGCACCACUCAGACGAACGUGAAAAAGCGACCUUCUGUCGCUAAUCUUGUCAUGCAAACAGGUGCCAUGCAGUUACUUAGUAACAUGCGCUUAAACGGUGGAAUGCUUAUGAAGCCGGAAUUAAAACCGCAGAUGAUUAAGCACGAACAUGAUAAGCCAAAAUCGUCGUUGUCACAGAUAUCAGAGAAAAGUAUACUCGAGACUGACAAUUUGCCAUCGAACCCCGGACAACCAGUAAGUGUGCCACUAUCAUCCGCUAGCAACAUAUCGCCUUCAUCUUCUGGAGUAGAUGCAUCAUUAGAAAGAGAAGUAACAUCGUUCGCGCAAAGAAUCAUCCCCCCUCCUUCUGAAUUCCGCUGUAGCCCCACUAUCUCAGAGAGUCCUCCAUCUCAUUCGGAAUCAUCUAGAUCUAAGGUUUUUAGAUUAGUUAAAUGUGAUGGAAGCGGGUACGACUUCCUUUUAGGUUUGGACGGUGCCGACUUGCGUUACAUGGACGAGAGUUCCAUCAUAGUGCCCACACCGCAGAACGAAAGCCCACCAUCUUCUAUCACAUUUCCGACCGCCACCGACCCUCCGUCCCCUCCCACCUUGAACUCGGCUAAUGUAACGAAUACUUCCUUAUUGCAGGCUGCUCUCAUUCGAGCGACAGCUGAAGCGCAGGUAGCACAACCCAAACCAAACCAAACUCCUCCACAGCCCGUUAAAGUAAAUACGGAGGUGAGUCUCACAGCUGGCGAAUGUCCUAAGCCCGUUAUCACCCUUGUGACGUCUUCCAAUAAUAACGAGCCUCAGACGACAAAACAGAAGGAAACAAAGACUGCUCCUUUGCGACUAAACGCUGCUUUAAGUCCAGCCAUUGAGAGUAGUGACGUUUCGAGUCCAGCCGUUAGUGGAUCAUGUAGGGGCGACUCGCGAAGAGAUUUUGUUAAAAGUAUAGGCAAAAAGUUUAAAGUCCGGCGCUCAAAACGGGACGGCUUAUUCCCUAGCAUUGGUCGACAGAAAUCGAAGUCGGAAAAUAGAGCUAGGAAAGCGUUCAGGACGAUAUCGUUUAUUUUAGGUGCGUUCGUCGUUUGCUGGACUCCAUAUCAUAUAUUAGCGCUAGUCGAAGGCUUCUGUACAAACCCACCCUGUAUAAAUCAACAUUUGUACAUGUUCUCCUAUUUUUUGUGCUACGCAAACAGCCCUAUAAAUCCAUUUUGCUACGCGCUGGCUAAUCAGCAGUUUAAAAAGACAUUUAUGAGACUGUUAAAAGGCGACUUUCACAUUACGUAA